GUCUUUUAAAUUCUUCAUUUAUCUCGGCAUAGUCUACCCUGUGUUCGCUUCACUUCAGUUCUUAUUCCUUUGCUCAUUUGCUUCCUUCUUGUUAUAUUUUUUUGCAGAACCCAACAUUCCGUCCGUUUACCCCGCUAAGUACAGUACGGUAUCUACGGUAGCCGGGCAGAGGUCGACUUACCUUGCCUUAGGUAUCUCUCUAGUCCCGCUACCCCGCCGUGGUGCAUGACUCUCUCAUCUCAACUCGAAGGUUGCCAGUGAGAUCCCGUCCAAAAUGACGGACUCCCCGCGCCCGGACCCGGGGCCGGCGCCAGCCCUGGCUCCCAACCUCGAGGCCGAACUCACCUGCUCCAUAUGCACCGACCUCCUCUACCAACCGCUCACCCUCCUGGACUGCCUGCACACCUUCUGCGCGGCCUGCCUGAAGGAAUGGUUCCACUUCCAGGCCGAGCGCGCCGAGUCCGCGCCGGGCCCGCCCCCGCCGCCGGGGCAAGCCGUCUUCACGUGUCCGAGUUGCCGCUAUCCGGUACGCGAUACCAAACACGAUGCGCGCGUGGUCAGUCUCGUGGAGGUCUUCCUCGCGCUCAAUCCGGGGAAGGGGAAGAGCGAGGAUGAGAAGAGGGACAUGGAUCGGCGGUAUACGAGGGGGGAGAAGGUGCUUCCUAGGUUGAAGUGGGAGCAUCGGACGGAGGAGGAGGUCAGGAGGGAUGAGGAGGAAAGGAGGCUUAUUGAGGAGGUGCAGAGAGUUAGUUUGAGGGAGGCGACUGAGGAGGCUGUGGGGAGGGCUUCGCGGAGGGGGGAUGAGGAGGAAGGCGGCGCUGGGGGGAGGAGCAGCAGGAGGAGGAGGGCGCAGAGUGCUGCGAUAACGGUCCCGGACAGUACUAGUAGUGGUGGGGAAAGGGAAAGGCGAAGGAGGAGGAGGAGGAGCGAGUCGAGACAGCCGCCGAGUAGGGGAGAGCAGCGGCAGGUGGAGCAUCAGUCCUCGCUAAGGAGCUUGAUCAGCACCGAGGGGAUGGAUGCGAGGGAUAUCGAUAUCGAGCGGGAGAUCGAGGAGUUUGCGCGGCAGAUCCAGGAGGAGGGGUUGCUGGACGGGCUGGAUCUGGACAAUCUCGAUCUGGAGAACAACGACGAGCUCAGCCGGAAGAUCACCGAGGCGUACAGGAGACGGCAUCGCGAGCGGAGGAGAGACGGCGGGAGGAGGAGCAAUGCCAGUGCCAUGUCUCAGCGGUCCGAUGUGUCGGCGAGGCCGAGGUCAGACCGCACAGGAGACGCAUCGCGGCCAACGAGUAGGAGCAGACACGCGAACCGUUCGAGGGCGCCGAGUGCGGGCAGCAACGAGGAGCGCGGGAGGUAUCCGCCGUCCAGCUCGGCGCAUCUCGAGGUGCAAGAGCCGCCGCGAAGACGGAGAGCUUCCAGCGGCGCCCGCAGCGCGACGGUGCCUGUUGUGUCGCCGCAGCAGGCGGAUGCCAGAGUUGGAGUGGGAGUCCGCGCGCAGACAGAUCUCGCUUCGAGGUCCGGCGCGCUCGACUUGCAUCUCAGGAGGCCAGGCAUGGGCGUCGAUGCCCGGAGCUCGAGCUCGCCCGCGACCGCCACGGUUGGCGCCGGUUCUUGGGGGGAUUCUCCCGUUGCCAGAGGACUCCCCUUCAGUGCUCGGGCAUCGGCAGGCUUGGGCACUGCAGCCGCUCCACAACCAGAUAUCCCGUCCAACUCGGGUAGCAGCAGCAGGCAGAGGUCCAACAGACCUGCAGCACUCGACCUCCGCUCAGAAUCGUCACCUCCCGCCACUGUGUCCACUGUGUCGGCACCCGUCAGCCCGGGCGUGGUAUCGCCGCCCCUGGCCUCCCCGCCACGCGCACAACUUACCCAACCUGCUCAAUACAGAGAGCCGCACAUCAACUGCAACACCUGCGGCCAAGAGCACAUCGAGUACGACCUGCACUUCAACUGCGCCAUCUGCCACAACGGCGACUGGAACAUCUGCCUCGACUGCUGGCGCCGGCGCAAGGGCUGCCUGCACUGGUUCGGCUUCGGCCAGGCAGCCUGGGCCCGCUGGGAGAAGCGCAACCUCGCCGGCCUGCCGCUCCCGCCGCCGCACAUGCUCACGGCCAACCGCUACCUCCGCCCGAAGCGCGUCUCCCGCGACGCCGACGGCCGCCGCGUCUUCACGACGGAGCACCCGGCCGAUCGCCUGCAGAGCGGCACCUUCUGCUGCCGCUGCGCGGCCUGGACCAACGACUGCUACUGGCGCUGCGACGUCUGCAACGAAGGCGAAUGGGGCUUCUGCAACGACUGCGUCAACCAGGGGAAGUGCUGCACCCACCCGCUGCUGGCGCUGGCCUACCGUCCCCCCGCGGCCCCCUCUUCGCCUCCUCCUCCUGCACAACAACAGCAAACAGCAAAUUACUCAACUGCAGAGACGCAAAUAGGCAACUUCCGCCCGCUGAUGCACACCCCGCCGUGCUCGGCAUGUCGCAUCCCCGUCCCCCAAUCCGAGUGCCACUACCACUGCUACAUCUGCCCAGCAUCCGGUCUCGCCAACUCCGAGCCGGGCGAAUACAACCUCUGCGAAACGUGCUAUGCCUCUCUCGUCGCAGACGGCACGGUGUCUCCCGAGAACGGCCCUGCGGGCUGGCGGCGGUGUCCGCGGCAGGGCCAUCGCAUGGCCGUGGUGGGGUUUAUUUCGAGCCCGGACAGUGAAAGAGGCAGUUUUCUGAAGAGGAAGGUGCUGAGGGAUCUGGUGGGCGGGCGGAGGCUUAAAGUCGAAGAGUAUCGCGGCCAGAUGCAAAUAUGUUCGUGGCGCGAGCAAGGGAGAGAACUGAGGCGGUCGAUGACCAAAGACGUGAGCGCUUCGAUCCCGGAGGGGACGAUGACGAUGAUGACCGCGGAAGGAGGGCGGUUGGAGGAUGGUAAUCCUCAGGCUACUACUACAACUACUACUAGUAGGUUUCCGCCUGAUGGAGGCGCCGGACACAGGGCGGUUGCUGGUUGGGGGUGGAUCCCUGCCCCUGGGGUGGAAGAUGAGCUCAUGUUCCCCAAGGGGGCCGAGAUUGUGGAGGUGGAGGAUGUGAAUGGCGAGUGGUUCCACGGGUUUUAUAUGGACGCCCAGGGACUGUUCCCGGCGCCGUAUGUCAGGCUUGUGGGGAGGUGAACACCUCUUUUUGGAUACCCGGUGACAUGGAUAGAUACCAUGUCAAAACCAUGUCAAAUAUGGAC